AUGGGAAUUAAAACCUUGCUUCCUUUUCUGAAAGACGUCACUGAAAACAGCUAUUUAGACAGUUUUAAAGGUCUCGUGGCGGCCGUAGAUGCGUCUUGUUGGUUACACAAGGCCAUUGCGAUCAGUUAUUCGCAAUUCGGAGACGAUCGAAGGUGAGAACUUUUAAUAUGAAAGUUUUACUAUGUCUUAAUUUGUAUUGCAUUUUAACUAAUGUUUUUACUUCUUAGAGUGAAGGAGAUCUGCAAUUCUUAUCUGGAUCUACUGGAAAGGAAUAAAAUUCGACCGUUGGUCGUGUUAAACGGAUUGCCGCUACCGGGCAAGGACAGAGAGCGUGAUAACAGAGCAAUGUGAGAGAAUUUUUUCGCAUUGACAGUUGAAGCUCAGUUCAAAUAUUUAAGCCUUUUGUCUAAUUUUCUUUAGUAGAAAUGAUUUUUUUUUUUUUUUUUUUCAGCAGACAUUGAUCUCCCAUAAAUCUUCUUCCUUUAGGCAAAGAAAACAACAACAGCAAAAAGCUGACCAACUUCGGUAAGAGUGGAAAGGUGACUGAGGCAAGAAACGCUUUGGCUGCAGCUGCAGAAAUUAACCACGAUCUCGUCUGUGGGUUUAUUCAAGUAAGUCUAAGUCUCAAUUUUGGCAUAAAGUUUAUCAUUUCAGUAAGCUUAAAAUACAUUUUUUUCUAGACUUCUUAAUAAUUAAAUAUUGUAUUGUUUUAAAUUAAAAAUUGAAUGACCUCGUUAAGAUAAUUUUUUAUUCUUUUCAUUUAUAGACUUGCCGACAAAAGUCUAUUGAUUAUGUGGUAGCUCCGUACGAGGCUGAUGCAGAGAUGGCAUUACUUUAUGAGCAUGGCUAUUGUAGCGACCGCUUUUGGGUGAAGGCGGCGCGAGGGCAACAUGCGUUGCAGAAAUUCUGAAAGGUUCACUCCACAAUGACCAAAACGUCUAACAAGAUCCUUAGUUCCGUUUAAUGCUGGUUCACAAGAUGUUAACGGACCGAAGGGACCGUCAAAGACUGUAAUGGCUAUUACAACAUGCUUCGUGCGAAGCCUAAAGAACUGCGUUGGGCGGCGUUGCCAAAAACACUCCGCUCUCUAGUCGAGCUUACAAAAACUGAAAACCGGAUGCGGCGUGACCGGGUCACGUGUUAAACAAAACAACUGGGAAGGCGUUACAUGGCUCCCCAUACAUUGUGAAAUGUAUGACUUAACAAUAAAAUAAAUGUCAAAAUAAACUUAGUGUUCUUAGUGUUCAAGAGGGUAAUUCUUUCUGCUGGCUCCCGGCGGGGUCGUACUCCGGUCUAUCGAAGUUUCCUUCUGUAACUUGCAUCAGUCGUCUCUUCCUUCGGACGAUGAACAAGGAUUAACUUGUGUACGGGUCUAUCCAGAAGCUUCUUAUUUCGGAUUCAGUAUAGAAGAGGGAGACUUUGCGAACGAGUCCGUCAUCACUGGGAUAGACUUGGGUGACUCUGGCGAGAGGCCAUUCAUUUCUUGGGAAGAAUCUUCGCAAAUCAGAACAAUAUCAUCAACUUGGACGUUAGGGACGGUCUUGUUCCACUUCUGACGCUUUUGCUGCUGUAGACAAUAUUCUCUUUGCCAUCGGAGCCAGAAUUGGUCAGCCAAGAAUUGAACUCUGCGCCAUCUCUUUCUGGUGUACAGAUCUGGUCGAGAGAAGUUGCCAGGCGGAGGUAGUACUGCCUUCGUCUUCAGAGUGAGCAAGUGAUUUGGUGUGAUCGGCUCAGGUGCUUGUGGGUCUGACAAGCUGUCGGUGGUCAGCGGGCGGCUGUUCACGAGGUUUUCGGCUUCAGUGAAGAGAGUACGUAACCCUUCGUCGCCUAGCUGCGUUGACUGAUCUUCGAGGAGGCCAGAUAGAGAGGAGCGUACUGUUCGUAUCAUGCGUUCCCACACACCUCCCAUGUGUGAGGAGCUGGGGAAAUUCAUCUUGAACUCGAUGAAGUCGCAUUCUUGUGUUAAUAGGAAGUUCUUCACUGUGUCAGUGUUCACCUCUGCAUUGAGCUCGUUUCUUCCUCCGAUGAAGUUGCUUCCUUGAUCUGAUCUUAGUUGGCGCACUUUGCCUCUUCUGUUGAUGAAUCUUCUGAGCGUUAAUGAAUGAACUUGUUUCCAUAGUGUUCAAGGUUUCAAGGUGUAUCGCCGGGAUGAGAGGCACGUGAAGACGAUGCCCCAACGUUUCAAUUCCUUUCGCCUUCCUUAAUAUACCAUGGGCGAAAACGUCCAUACCCGUGUAGGUAAAGGGCGGUGCUUGUGUCACACGUUCUUCAGGAAGAUUUGCCAUCUUUUGGACUUGUGCUCGUCCGGCGCAAUUUGUGGCAAAUGGCACAGCUUGACAGGAGAUGGGAGACAACAGAACGACCGUUCACAAUCCAAUAACCUGCUUGCCUGAUGGAGUUGUGGGUCAUCCCAUAACCUGGGUGGUGCUCUUUGCUGUGAAAGUGUCGGAUGAGGAGAUUCGUCACGUGACUCUUCUUUGGACAUAUGAUCGGAUGUUUUAUGCCAUAAUCUAAUUCGCUUUUUAGGAGUCGUCCGCCAAUUCUGAGGAUUCCUUUGCUGUCUAAGAAGGGGUCCAGUUUGUAGAGAGAACUUGUCUUCUUGAUCGUUUUUUCCUGGUAUGAGCACUGUGGCGAUCCUGGAACAUACCAUCUUGGUGGUUGGCAUUUUGAAGGAUUUGGAUCUCCUUGCCGAAGUGCUCGAACUGAACUGACUUGAGAAUUACUUCUUCUGCUAAGCGUAAUUCUUCGACUGAAGGGGGGCGGUGUUGGGCCUUGUGUUGAACUGCCUGUUAGGGCGUCUCUGUUCUAUCAUUCUCUGGAUGCGCACAAUGCUCCUCUUUAGGCGAAUGAGGGAAGAUGAAUGGCGAAAAGCGUUCUGGUUCUAGAAUACUGUGAGAGCUCUCCUUCUCCUCGCUUUUGGUUUCUUCAUGGCUUGAAAUGCAGACGGUGGACUUAGGUUUCUUCACUUCAACGUCUUCGUGUUGUAGAUCCGCAACUUGGUCUAGGCUGAUCACCGGUACUUCGCUUUUCCAUAGGAAUUCAGGGCCAUUGAACCAUAGUUCGUGUUCAGAAAGCUCUUUGGUGGUGGCACCUCUUGACGCGAUAUCAGCUGGGUUGUUCGGACUGCUAACGUAAUGCCACUGCUGUGGGUUUGAUCUGUCGCGGAUGUGUUGAACACGAUUUCCGGCGUGACGUAUGGAAGCGUCUCGCGUCAUUUCGAAUGUACCCUAGAACGACGGAAGAGUCCGUGUAAAACAAUUUCACUGGGUUACUGUAGUUAAGCUCUUGGCUGAGCAUGGAGGCUACGUUAGUAGCAACCACGGCGGCGGUCAGUUCAAGGCGUGGAAUUGACAUUGGCUUUAGUGGCGCGACCCUAGCUUUGCCCAUCAGGAAGCUGACAUGUACUUGGCCUGAACUGUUUACAAGACGUGGGUAGGUUACCUGGCCGAGGCCUGUGUUGCUGGCAUCGGAGAAGCUGUGUAACUCCACGGCAACUGGUUCGGCGAAAUCAGGUGGCUUGAGACACCUUGCUAUCUUGAUCGUCUCCACAAGAGGUAGUUCGGAUCUCCAUUUUUCCCAUUGUGAACGGAUGUGGGCAGGAACUGGGUCGUCCCAGUCGAUGCCUUCGCGGCACAGUUCUUGGAGCAACUGUUUUCCGACUAAGAUGACAGGUGCAAUGACACCAAGCGGAUCAUAAACUGAACUCACAGUUGAUAGAAUUCCGCGACGGGUGAGAGGCUUGUCCUUGAGCUCAAUUCGAAAUCCAAUGGUAUCAGACUGGAUGCACCAAUAGGUACCUAAGGAUCGUUGGACAGGUAAGACAUCGUGGCGUAGAUCGAGGUCCUUCAAGUCCUUGGAACGAUCUUCAGCAGGUAAGGCUUCCAGCACAGUCUCACUGUUGCUGGCAAACUUGUGCAGGCGUGGGUUGACUGCUGCGCACAUGGCUUGGGUAUUCUUGAUGACAUUGAUUGCUUUAGCUGGUGUGGCGAAAGAUUUCAACCCGUCAUCUACGUGAAGUCGUUCUUCAAGAAGUCUGCGGCCCUCAUUGCCAAACUGUUCUCUGCCGGCUUCUGCUGUCAUUCUGAGACCGAAAUUAGCAACUCCUGGGGAGGAGACUGCCCGAAAAGGUGGACGUUCAUGCUGUACUCUACGAUUUGACUCUCUAAGUUGUUAUCCUUGAACCACAGAAAUCGUAGAAAGUCUCUGUGUUCGGGCUGACGUGAAAACUAUGAAACAUCUGUUCAAUGUCGCAUGUCACUGCUGUCUCUUCCUUUCGAAACCGCGAGAGCACACCAACGAGGGCAUUCAUCAUGUCAGGGCCCUGUAGCAGAUGUUUGUUGAGAGACUCGUUGUGGAAGAUGGCACUGCAGUCGAAAACGAUUCUAAUUUGGUCAGGUUUCUUGGGGUGAUAAAUGUCAAAAUGAGGCAAGUACCACACCUUUCCUGUGGCAGUCUUGAGUUGAUCUGAUGGGACGAGACUGGCGUGGUUCUUGUUAAACAUUUUCUGCAUGAACUCAGUAUAUUGCUUCAAAACCUUGCCAUUCUUGAGAAGUUUUCUUUUUAUGCCUAGUAGCCUGUUUAGGCAUUGUUCUCGGUUGUUCGGCAGACUCAACUUGUCUGUCCUCAGUGGUAGCGGCAUUUCCCAAUUGCCCAGUUCAUUUGUAUGGAUGCUUGUGGUAAGAAGAUCAUUGAAACGUCUGUCCCCGACAGACUCGGUGUUCUCAGUGCCUCGGAUGGUUCGGCUAUGAUGUAGUUCACUGUAAUCCAAUUGCAUCAUUUCUCUUAUCUGCUGGGGCGUAGUGACAUCCUUAGAUUGAUGUUUGGAAGCGAAAAGAGGCUACGGCCUCUUCUCUGGAACUGUUGCUCGUUGGAACAUUGAAGAGGUUGUGAGAAUCUUCUCGUCGUACGGUGAUGCGGUUAACUGUUGCACAAACCGUACUGUCUUGUUGGUUGUCUAGACAAACUGGACCGAUGAUCGUCCAGCCGAACUUGUACUCUUCAGCCCACGGCUCAUUGUCUUUGCCGUAUAUAACGUGUAAUGGCUGAAAGGCAGAUGGGAUGUUACGACCGAUUAACAAUCCUAUCUCUACUCCGGGAUGAUAGUGGAUGUGGUGGGCGAUCUCCUUAAGGUGCGGCCAGAGUUGGGCAAUGUUAGGGCGUGGCGAUGUCCUGAUGGCUAGCUGGAAUUUUCUCUUGUGAGUAUGCAAACGGAAUCCUAAUAGAAUUGUGUCGACUGUCUGUGUCCUUGAUGUGCAAUCCGUUUACUUUCUGAGUACGCACAGUGUUCACGCCCGCAAUCGUACUGAUAUUGAGGUUAACUUCCUGGCCUUUGACCUGCAACUGGUCGAGAAGAGUGUCUGUGAUGAAGACAUCUGUUGACUGGUCAUCCAGAACUGCAUAGGUCAGCAUCCUUGCUGAAGGGUUGUCUUGAUGGAAGACUUCGACGAGAACUAUUCUAGCGCAUGAACGAGCAGAAUGCCCUUGAUUGCAGACUCGUGAGCAAGCAGACCUCGCUUCACUGGCAUUAAUCACUUUGUGCCUGGAUGGGUCAUGCAGUACAGUGGCAUGUUUCUGUCGACAUAUCUUGCAAUCUAGCCUGUCUUGUUCGCAGUCUCUGGCAACAUGUUUGUUGGAAUUAACACACUUGAGACAGACUUUGUUUUUCAUUAGGAAAUCUCUGCUCUUCUUAGUAUCCUAAUUUCUGAAACUGUUCGCAAUCGUUCAUGCUAUGAGACUUCAUCUUGUGAUAGAAGCAAUACGUGUUAGCCGCAGUAGCUUUGGUAGUGUCCGGUUGCUGAGCAUGGGUUGAAAGCACAUUGGAGAUUUCUAUUGGUUCUUCGUGAUUAGCAUUUGUCUCGCCAUUGUUACUGGGGGUGAAGUGGAGGUCAGAUUAACAGCUGGAGGACGAGGGCGGGGUUGGCGGUUCAAAGGUUUGAAACGGUCUGUCUGUGGUGUACCACUUGAACCUGAAGCUUGAACAAUUUGAGGUAUGUUGACACGCUCAGCGUGGUAACGCACUUCUUGAGCGAAGUCUGCAAAUGAAGGAAUGUGUCCUUGCCUUCUUUCUUCUGAAGUUUCAGCACUUUAUCAGACCAUUUGGGCUUGAACCACGAUGGCAGCUUUUCGACAAGACUUUGAAUCUGUGACGGGUAAUUAAGGACUCGGAGACUCAAAAUGUGUUCGCUUGCAAUCUUCACCUGUUGAAGGAAGUCACUGAAUUCUUCUAAGGCUGCUGCAUCGCUCGGUCCCACCUUUGGCCAGGUUGUUAAUUUCUUCUGAAAACUGGUACUGAUUAUUGCUGGGUGGCCAAAACGUUCCUUGAGGAUUGUGCGGGCUUGUUGAUCGCACUUUCAGGGUUCUGCACUAAGUACUGAAGCUGCUCUACCACUUUUUGGCUUUGCCAUCCAAAUAUUGGUACAAGAAGUGUAGUUUCUGUUGGGCUGUCACUGGUGCUGAAUCAAUCAGACUAUCAAAAGAAUUCUCCCACAGGAAGAAUUUAGUCUUGUCAGUCUCAUCACCCUUAAAAACAUCUGGCGUGGCUUGAGGGAGGCGUUGUAGCUGACUGAUCUUGGCUAGGGUGUCAGUUAGUUGCACUGAAUAAUCUUGGGGUGCAGGGGAGUAGGCUGUAUAUGACGAUGGUACAAACGCUGGAAAAUUUCCGCAAAAACCUCUUGGAGGUGUGAGUCCAAUUUGGGACAUAGUACACGCAGGCGAUGUGUAAACUGGAGGAGCUUGUCCUCUUAAGCUGAAGGUGGUUGCAGUGGUAGAGUGUGAGAUUCGAUUGGUUGAUCCUUGAGGGCCUUGAUUCAAAGAUACAGAUACAACGUCAAGUGGUGUGGACGAUGACGUCACUGUCACUUUAGUCACUGGUGUUCUAGUGUCAAAGAGCGUUGUAGCAGGCGCACCGGUGUAGACGUAUAUUCGUCAGCAUUAUUGCUGGCAAUAAAGGUGGAAAUUGGAUCAUAGGUUUCUGUCGGCAGUGCAGGCGACUGCAGACAGUUUUCUUCUUGCAUUGCUUUUUGGUAGACUUGCUCUUGUGCAGUGACUUCUCCAAGUUCUUUUUGUAUUUUCAACUGUUCCAGUUUCUGUUUUUGUUCGGCAAUAACUGCUGAAAACUUCAACGUUUCUUCUAGGGCUGCUCUCUUAGCUCGAAAUUCAAGCAGGGUCUCCUUGCAAGAACUUCUACUUGAUCCCGACCCUUUCGAGACUUCGUGAACGGUGGGACCUUUGAGAUGUGAUAGAGGCUGCAUCAUUUUGUAAUUUGUCAAUUUCUUUCACGGCUGUAUCAUGAACUGCUUUCCAUGUGUCAAGCAGAUAAGCUUGUUUACUUGUGGCCUGAUGAGUUUCAUCCGAAUCAUCUGAUAGCUCUAUCCAUUGGUCAAAACUUUGUAAGACAAUGUCUAACUCCUUGAUCAAAGCUGAAAUAUCUUCCUUAAUUUCCUUAGGAUCUUUGCCUGAGAGGAUUUGCUCUUUAAAAGUGUCUAAUUUAGAGCGAAACUGACGGUCGUUAUCUAUCGCAGCGCUUCUCUUCAAGCCACAUUUGUAUUCCCGCCCUUUGGCCGUGAGGGUCCUGGGCCUAGUGUUACUCGAAUCGACAAUAAUGUCGGCAUUUGUGUCGAUGAAAUUUCCUCUAUUUUUGGACGUAAAGACACAUUAUCCGGUAAAAUAACAGAUGAGCUAACCUCAGUCUUUGUUGAGUCGACGAUUUCUUCGUGAGCUGGGCUUGAGGUGUGUUUUUUUCGCUCUUCUCGAUGAGAAAUUCCUCUGGUCUCGACACGAAGGUUAGCCCGAGUCCGGUAUCCUCGUGUUUAUCAUCGAAUUUUGCUGAAUCCAUGGUAAAGUUCCUCGGCGUAAAUACAAUUCGUUGGAGUUCCUCAGAUUAAACAGGAGUCUUCAAAGUUCCUUGAGGUAAAUACGAGUCUUUGACUGUAGCGACCGCUUUUGGGUGAAGGCGGCGCGAGGGCAACAUGCGUUGCAGAAAUUCUGAAAGGUUCACUCCACAAUGACCAAAACGUCUAACAAGAUCCUUAGUUCCGUUUAAUGCUGGUUCACAAGAUGUUAACGGACCGAAGGGACCGUCAAAGACUGUAAUGGCUAUUACAACAUGCUUCGUGCGAAGCCUAAAGAACUGCGUUGGGCGACGUUGCCAAAAACACUCCGCUCUCUAGUCGAGCUUACAAAAAACUGAAAACCCGGAUGCGCGUGACCGGGUCACGUGUUAAACAAAACAACUGGGAAGGCGUUACAGCUAUGUAGAUAUUGCAAUCUCAGAGGAUUCCGACCUUCUUGCUUAUGGAUGCCAAAAGGUACAUUGAAUAACCCAUACAAUUUAUCAUCCAAAUGCUUAUUCAAAGCCUGGCUGUGUUUACUUGAUUUUCAACAGAAUGAACUAUAAGCUUAUAGUUUUAGUCCUUUUUAUAUCGUAACUAUUAAUUUCAUAAACUAGAACCCAAUUGCAAAUAGCAGCAGAUCUCUGAACACUUUAAAGGUUUUACUGAAAAAAAAAUUUAGAGGCUUUCUGUAAUUUUUAAUCAUUUUCUUAUUCUUUUUAUUGUCAUUAGGUUCUUUUUUUUCGAUUAUACAAUUUUAUUAAUUUGUACAAGUAACAAUUUGAAAUUAGUAGCACUUAGAAUUAGUUAUAAAUUGUAUACAUUUUUUAUUUUAUGAACUCAAUGUUUUGCGAGGCGAUCAUACAGGUAUACUCAUGAAGCCUGUGCAAUAUAAAUGCAUAUACUAUUAUUACUAUUACCUUUGGUUUUCUCCGUUGAACACAAAAGACCAUGAAUAAAAAUAAGGAAGGGUUUUCCCUGAACACCCCUAAUUUCCCUAUCUAUCUAUAGGUUUUGUUCAAGUUGCGACUCGAUGGUGUGUGUGAAGUAAUCGAGUUAGGAAAGGUGUUGCAACAUUUGUCACUGACACAGGAAGAAUUCCUGGACAUGUGCAUUGUUGCAGGUUGUGACUACUUAGAAAAUGUACGUGGCAUUGGUAUCCAUACUGCCCACAAGCUCGUGACAAAAGAAAAAACAGAUUUCUUAGCUGUUUUACAGAGAAAAUCGAUUUGCCCGUCAGACUACAGUAGUGGAUUUCAAAGGGCCAAGGCAAUAUUUCGUCACCAGACAGUGAUUAAUCCUAUAAAUGCAGAAACCAUGCCACUUACGCCUUGGGGACAAACACCAGAUAAGGAAGCUUUUCUGAACCCUUGUGGAAUGUAUCCAAUUUAAGUAAUUAUAAUUACUCACUAUAAGUGCUCUUGCUCACUGUUUUUUAUCUGCUAUGAUUGUCUGGGCGAGAGAAUUUCUUAUUCUAAAAGAAUUUCUUAUUCUAAAAAAUAUUUUCAUAAACGAAAUUAAGUAUUUAAAAAGUAGCCUGAGAAUUUUUGCUGUAUGGCAUUCACAUGGAAUAAUUUACAAUAAUUGGAUUUGAAUUGAUGGUGUGCUGAAAACUGUGUAAAAUCAGAUAGUCAGUUGUUGUACAGUUUCAUUAGAGUGAUUUUCAUGAGACCGUGAAACAGUAUCUAGCAAUUAAUCAAAAUUAGCCAAAAUUAGCUAAAACAAUGAAAACAAUGAAAGAAAGAAAACAUGGAAUUAAUGUCUAAUAGUGUGUACUAGUGCCUACUAACUUAGUAACUGUUUCACGGUCUUUUGAAAAUCAUUUUAUGCAUUUUAAAAACUAGCUUUUCAAAGAUAGAAAAUAAUCCAUUUAUUGUGUUUUGUUGAUUACUUAAUAUCAUAUUAGCCUUCUCUCAAAUGAGUAUGCAGUUAACCUUGCUGUGGGUAAUGUUGAUCCCAGGAGAGCACAACUAUCAGGAAUACCUUUGCACUUCCCAUCAAGGUAAAUUAUAUGCUAACAACUAAUUUAUUCUUUCUAUUUUAUUAACUGAUAAAGCGGAGUAUGCAUCACAUCUUUAAACUAUUUUUUUAUUCAGAAAAACUUUUAACUUAAACAUUACAGAUAAAAUACUGAGAAGUCUCAAGUGACCUUCUAAACUCUUGACCAUGUGUUGUUUUUAGAAGUGGCUUAUUUACAAUCAUUUAGUUUCUAUUGUGGAAUAAAAAUGUGCUAUAACAUUGGCCUUUUUCAGUUCAUCCCACAUGAAUGUGACAAAUAACUAAUUCUCAAGAAAAUGCUUCCUUCUUCAUUCCUUUAAUCCAAAAAGAACUGAAGAAAGACAAAAAAUAACUAAGGACACCAUUAUUAAUUGAAAUAUACUAAACAAGCUUGCUCAUCACAGCUAUUCACAUGCAGUGCACUUAGUUACAUAAUUUAUACUAAUACUUAUACAGCAUGAAAUAGAGUACUAAGGUGUGACGUCAUAAAAAUGAAAUUUCUGAAAUUAUGGGAUUUGUCAGGGUAUUCUGAAAGAACAAUGUCCAAGAGGCCUACUUGCCAAAAAUGAGCAUUUGGGGGCAAAUUGUCUCUGAGAUCGUAGCCUAGUUAUGCUUACAAAAUUCCAUACAAACCCUUCUAAAUAUUUUUUGGGUCGACCCAAGAAAAAAUUAGAGGGGGUUUGUAGGGAGUUUUCUGAGUAUAACUGGGCUACGAUCUCAGAGACAAUUUGCCCCAAAAUGCUCAUUUUUGGCAAGUAGGUCUCUUGGACAUUGUUCUUUCAGAAUACCCUGACAAAUCCCAUAAUUUCAGAAAUUUCAUUUUUAUGACGUCAUCACUUUAGUACUCUAUAAGGAAUGCUUUUUAUUACAACCAUUUUUCUGUAGAAGGGUUUGUGGCAGCCUAGAGACCUGGCAUUAA